AUGGGCGAGCAUAAUCUCCUUAAUCCUGGGUUUGUGGGACCUUUGGUAAACAUCCACACUGGAGACACGUUUUACUUCCCGAAUUUUAGAGCCUCAGGGGGACAACUGGCGGGGCUACCGUCUCUCUCGUACCCAAGAAGGGACAAUGUCUGCUCCCUCCCCUGGAACCCAUCGGAGUCGUGCAAUGGAUAUCCUCAGUCCUACUUCGGCAGUCCCGUGUCCAUUAAUCCGUCGUUCAACCGCUCGUGUGGUGAAAUAGCUCGGCCGGACGAGAAGUGCUAUUACGGCAACGGCGGCGCGAGCCGAGAGGCUUGCUCGGACGGCAACAGCCUCAAACGAGAGGAGAGGGCGCGGGAGACAUCAGUAUCUUCCGAUCACGGGGUGCACAAUGGGAUGGGCAACGGUGGCACCUUCAAAUACGACUACGGCACCGAGCAUCUGACCCAAAACCCGCCGUCCUGCCAGUCUCUGGAGUCCGACUCCAGCUCGUCAGUGCUCAACGACGGAGGAAAAAGCUCGGGCAGCGACCCACAGACCCUGGUGUCGCCGGGGAACCACACGAGCAAUAUGUCCACAGGAGGAGGUGCCCCCUGGUACCCGAUGCACACCCGGACCCGCAAGAAGCGAAAACCCUAUUCGAAGCUACAGCUGGCCGAGCUGGAGGGCGAGUUCAUGUUGAACGAGUUCAUCACCAGGCAGCGGCGGAGGGAGCUGUCAGACCGGCUCAACCUCAGCGACCAACAGGUCAAGAUCUGGUUUCAGAACCGGCGAAUGAAGAAGAAGAGACUUUUGCUGAGGGAGCAGGCUUUGUCCUUCUUUUAAGGAGCCGUGCACAUCUCAGCUGUUAGCACCCACACCACUAUUCCAGCGAGGGUAAUAUGGCAGUAUUAUUCUCAAAAAAACGACUUCAUUUGCUCCCGUCAUGCAUUGAUUUGCGUCAAAAGGCAACGUGCAUAAGCAUGCAGAAAUCAAUACAGGGGCAAAGCGACCAAAUGACAGCAGGGGGGAACACUCCUAACCUGCUGUAGCCACUAUUUCACUGUAAAGUGGCUGGAGCGUCCAGCGUGUUGUGUUGUGUAUGUUUGUUUUAUUUCUUUGUUGUUGUUUGUUUGUUUCUCGCGCAAUUUGGAAGACGCUCUCAGCCACUUUCCUCUUUCACAAUUAUAAAUAUAUAAGGCGAGUUACGCGUUUAGUCACAAUUAAGCUGUGAGAAAGUCCACCAAAGCGACCCUGAAUUUUACUGGCAAUUAAAAAUGCUUUGUGAGAUGGAACCUAUUUAUUACUUAGGUUGCAGAGCCUCUACGGUAUCUGCUGGUGCGUCGUCCAGAAGGUAAACGGGGUCUGUUGUGCGUUCGCAACAAAUAAUUGGAGAGCCCCAGCAAUGGUGGGCCUCACGUUCUAUUGGCGAGCGCAUUGUGUAAGCAGUUUCCCGAACUGCAUUGGAGCCACAUGUGUAGCCUUCACUAAAAGCAUAUACUGCUAGGAAGGGGCUGCAGGGAUUAAUAUUGUGUGAAAACCAUGAAACUCUUAUCUCGUCCACAGUGAUCCCCACGUGUUCUCGGACACGUUCACGGUCACGGGCGAAAAAAAAGGCCGCCGGGUGGAUCUGAGAGACUUGAAAAUCAAACCGCAGCGUAGCACGCCAGCGUUUUUAUGGCUCGAAAUCGAAAUCUUAUUCGAAAAUCCUUUUCGUUCUCACGAUAGUGAGAAGAUCAGUGCUGUGUUUUUAUUUCUCUCAAGCCCCACAUUGCUUUUACGCACGGCCUGAAAUCAGACUCGGAUGGAGAGCUGGUUAUCACUGCUUUGUUAUUGCUAAACCAACGUUCAUAUUCUAUUUAAGCCUCGUGAAAAGCGAGGGUCGUGCCAUUGCGUUCUGUAAUGCUGGAGGAUCGUUUCUUUCG